ACGAAACGCGCUCUGCAUUUACCUCUGGCGUCGCCAAUUGAUCCUCCAUGCCCGCAACAUCUAAUGGACCUACUCCUGGUCCUAGUACAUCGGCGCUGAGCCCAAGUAACUCCAAGAAACGCCACUCCUCUGAGGAUAAUGAACAUACCCCACUGCACAGUUCAAAACGUUGGAAAGGAGAAUCACCAUCGAAAGCGAUGAAAGACAAGAAGAAGAGGAGGAAGAGGAAGAGGAAAAUGACUAUUGUAGGGGACUCAGAGAACCGUCCUCGCUCGAGAGCGGAAAGCAAGAGCCGGACUUCAGUUUCGGUCAAACCAAGCUCUGUUCGGGAAAAUGGCCCGACUGAAGGCGAAGUUCCUGGUUUAGCUGAAGCGACAUCCGGAGCAUCCAACGAAGAAGCCACGUUGACUGAAGUGAUAGUGUCUCAGGCAAAGCUACAUCUUACCGAUGUCAAUGUAAAACAGCUUAAUACUGAAAUCCAAGCCAAAUUAUCACUCGUCCAACAACACGAAAAAGCUCUAAGUCAAGUGCAACAGUCUAUCACCUGUCAAGUCUGCCUUGACCUUCUUUAUAAACCCUACGCUCUGGCCCCGUGCGGCCAUACUGCUUGCCACAGUUGCCUUGUCUCUUGGUUCACAUCGCAACCUGUUCAUGACGGGGCCGUUCCUGAAGUCCACCGUCCACACAGUUUCUACACUCGCAAGAAAACUUGUCCUCACUGCCGUGCCAUCGUCCGAGAACGCCCUGUUGAAGUCUGGGCAAUCAAAAACAUCGUCACGAACUUGGUGCAAAGUGGUCUUCUCACCAAUAUGCCGCAACCAACCGCAGAUGAAACCCGAAGCACCGAGAACAAAGACCCGUGGCACAACAUCUUUCGACCUACUCAUAAAUACCUCGAAACUCAUUACGGCGAGGAGAGACCUGUCACGGAUCUGUCCGUCGAGGAAACAGGAAUGUAUGAUGCAGAAGAUGGCGGAAUUUACCGGUGUCUGGAUUGCAUGCACGAGAUUGAAGAUGGAAUAUGUUCUGGUUGCGACAGAGCAUAUGAUGGCCAUGUACAACUGGAAGCUCAACGUGGUGAUACGGAAUCGUUCUGGGACGAUUGGGAUGGGGCAAGAUACAUGGAAGAUCUCAUGGGUCUAUGGGGAAAUCCCGCUAUUGAGAUGUAUGAGUCGUCAGACUCUGACAGUGAUUUAGAUAUCAUUGGUCACGCUCUUCUCUCCAGGCGAACCCGUGCCCUCUUUGGCGACGAAGACGUGGGUAUUGACAUUGACAUCGAGGAACCUUCAGGUUCGGAAGAUGAAUCGUAUGAAGGGAGUUUUAUUGAUGACGGCAGCGAUGGUGUGACUGUUUUGACGGAUACCGGAAGGCACCCUCAACAGUCUAGACGCCACAGGGGACGGAUGUCUGUCACCGAUGCAUUGGAGUUUUUUUAUGGUGAUAACGGUUCCGGGUCAGAAAACGACGCAAACGAAGACCGAGACGCGUCCCGGCGCGUAUACAGGAACAACCGAUCCAUACACAUGUACGACCAAUCUGACUCUGAAGAUGAUAGCGAGAACGGUGAGAUGGAGGGUGGUGAACUAUCUGCAGACGACUCGGAUGGUGAAACCACUUCACGACUUCCCACUCGUUCUCGUUCUCGUCGAUUUCACACUAUCGACGACUCGGAAUCUGACGAAGAGGACGACGGAUCUAUACCUGGCCCGCCCGCCCGUUUGCGGCACUUGUUUACUGAAGACGACGACGAAAGUGAUUAGCUUAUGUUUUGCACCCUAUGUAGGGAAUAAAUAUGUAUAAUAGAAUACGACAUAUCGAUAUCAGAAGUGCGGUCUAGUGCGGUUCGUCAAAACAUAAUAUAUCAU